AUGUUUUGUUCGGAGAUGUGUCAGCAAAUGGCGUACAAAAGCUACCACCGUAUAGAAUGCCCAAUUAAAAAGCAUGUGCACGAGUUUUUUCUAUCUGAAAAUGGUAUAAUGCCCAUUAGAACUACUAUAAUGGCCAUAAGCAGUUUCGACUAUGAUCUGCAAGAUUUAUUGCAACAUGUGGAAACACUAGAGGGAUCCUCUCUGAAUUCAUUUGACUUAGAUUGGACAAACUUGCAUGCUAAGCAGAUUUACAGUACGAUUCAUAUGCUAGCUACAAACCAGAACCUACGCACGCUGAAAGAAAUUUUCCUACUAGCUGCGGUGUGUAUUGUCGUAAGCGAAGCGCUGUUGAAUUAUACUUCAUUAAGAAGUCUUUGUGGAAGCACUGAACCCUACCCUGACAUUAUACAAAUUCUCCUGUUUCGUCAUCUACAAAGUGCUCCUGUGAAUAGGCAUUCGAUAAAUCGUAUAAAUUAUUACCCGCAUGAGAAGGAAACAUUUCCAAUCACAAAGAUUGGGAGUGGAUUAUUUCCAAUAUUAAGUAUGCUGAACCACUCAUGUGCACCGAAUAUAACACGGAUACCACUACCGAACGGACGAAUGGCAGCCAUGGUUUUGCGACCGAUUGAAAAGGACGGUCAACUAUUUGACUCUUAUGGGAAUGAUGACUGGAAUCUGCUGUUGACUGCCUCGAUAGCUGAUCCAUCAUCCUCGGAUGUUUCUCUUUUCGAGCCGGAAUCGGAAGUUCUGUUGAGAGAUUGA